UGUUGCUUUGCUCUGUAAUCAGUAGGCCACGGAGAGUCGGAACGGUCCGAAUCUCAAAUAUCUGUGGUCUUAAUCAUUGCCAGUUUUCUUUCGAGCACUGAAAAGUGUGUCCACACACUCCGGGGACGUGCUUGUAAAAUGAAAUCUGAAGGAAUUGACGGUGCCGAGAGAUUCCUUAGCCCAGGCAAAGGGCGAGGACUUAGAGCCACGAAACAUUUUAAAGUUGGAGACCUCGUGUUCACGUGUCCGGCAUAUGCCUACGUUUUGACAGUAAACGAGAGAGGCGGCCACUGCGAAUUUUGCUUUACAAGGAGAGAAGGACUGUCCAAAUGUGGAAGGUGCAAACAGGCCUAUUACUGCAAUGUGGAAUGUCAGAAAGGAGACUGGCCCAUGCAUAAGCUCGAGUGUUCAGCGAUGUGCUCCUAUGGAGAAAACUGGAGCCCCUCAGAAACAGUCCGGCUUGUCGCACGAAUCAUUCUCAAACAGAAACUGCAGACGGAGAGGACGCCGUCAGAGAGAGUGUUAGCUUUGAGAGAGUUCGAAUCGCAUCUGGACAAACUGGACAACGAGAAAAACGAGAUGAACCAGUCGGACAUCGCCGCCCUUCAUCAUUUCUACUCCAGACACUUGGACUUCCCAGACAACGCAGCCCUCACGGAGCUUUUUGCCCAGGUCAACUGUAACGGCUUCACCAUCGAAGAUGAGGAGCUUUCCCAUUUGGGUUCCGCUGUAUUCCCAGAUGUUGCCCUGAUGAACCAUAGCUGUAGUCCCAACGUGAUAGUGACGUAUAAGGGAACAGUAGCAGAGGUCAGAGCUGUUCAGGAAAUCAACCCAGGAGAUGAGAUUUUCAACAGCUACAUCGACCUACUGUACCCCACAGAGGACAGGAACGAGAGACUGAGAGACUCCUACUUCUUCACCUGUGACUGUACAGAAUGCACAACUAAAUCAAAGGACAAAGCCAAGCUGGAGAUCCGACGGAAACUGAGCACACCUCCUGAGCCGGAGGAAAUCCGAGACAUGGUGAGGUACGCCAAGAAUGUCAUCGAGGAGUUCCGGAGAGCCAAGCACUACAAGACUCCCAGUGAGCUGCUGGAGAUCUGUGAAUUGAGUCUUGAGAAAAUGGGCAGCAUCUUUGCGGAGACCAACGUCUAUAUGCUUCAUAUGAUGUACCAGGCAAUGGGCGUGUGCCUGUACAUGCAGGACUGGGACGGAGCCAUGAAAUAUGGAGAGAAGAUUAUUCACCCGUACAGUGUGCAUUACCCACGGUACUCUCUGAAUGUGGCAUCGAUGUACCUGAAGCUGGGCAGACUGUACUUAGGGCUUGAGAAGAAGACAGCAGGAGUCAAGGCUUUAAAAAAGGCAAUUGCUAUCAUGGAAAUAGCCCACGGCAAAGAUCACCAUUACGUCGCCGAAGUGAAGAAAGAGAUGGAGGAGCAGAAGUGAGCAGAGAUCAUUCUGGAAAAGAAAAGAAAAAACACCAUCAGAGACUGCAUGGCAUGAUUCUUAUACCUCCCUCUCUUUCUCUCUCUCUCUCUGUCUCUCUCUCUCUGUCUCUCUCUAUUAAUACAAUCAAGUGAUGUCAAUGUCGUCUGUUUGUCUUAUUCCAGUAUUACUCCUUUUGAAUGGAAUAUGUUUUUAGGAUGACUAACAGUCAACACGAGUCUCUUUCAUUUUUGGCUGAUAUAUUUAUAAGUGUGUGCACCUUGGUUUAAAAAAUGCACUGCGCUGCAAGGGCUAAUUUUAGAGCAUCGGUGGUAAAACUUGAGAUUUACGUUUGACAAGAUGGAUUUUUCUCUGCGCCUCUCAUACUAUGUAGCACAAGAGAGGAGGAGAUGCAUAAACACUGUCUUAAAAAAGCAGAAUGUUCCAGAAUGUAAAUUGCAUAUGUAUUUUUCGACCUCCACGAAGAAUUGUCUCUGAAAUUUUUUGGUCUUGUUUGUGAAAGUCAUAAGUGUUGCAUGACGAUUGUUUUGCGCUGAUAACUAGCGUUCACGGACAACGGCGGGACAGCAAACCCGACUUUAUUCUGCAGUAGCCUACUUUUUCAGUCCUCAUCUGUGGGAGCAAUGGUCAGUGCACCGCAUAAACAACCAAAACCUUCACACAGCUUUGUUUUGUAAAUGUUGUAUUCCCGUUUGUUCCGUAUAGUAUCGUUUGUUUGUUUCGUUUUUGUUUGUUUUGUUUUGUUUUGUUAUGAUGUGGACAGUGCUGGAAUGCUUCAAACUCCAGAAUGUUAAUUAAAAAAUCGCUGUCUGUUACUGUAACAAUUACUACAGUAAUAAAUUCAUAUUGGCCGACAA